UUUUUCUUUUAAUAUUGAUUCAGGUUUUUUAGUAACGAUUGUUUUGUCAUAUUCUAUUUUCUAUGUAUGAAAUGAUAAUUUUUCCUUUUUCUAAAAUUCCAAUUAAAAUUGUUAUUUGUCCCAAAUUAACCGCUCCUUCUCACAAGAAUAUUCAAAAUUCAACCUUUAAAAAAAAGGAAAAGAAAACCCAACCUCAUUUAUAAUAGUAAACCCAUAUAUAACAAAUCAACACCUUUUAUUCUAAAAAAAAAAACAAAGACAAAUAAUCCACACCUUCUCAAUUUUUACUCUAGUAAUAAUUAUUACCAUUUACUAUUUACUUCUCUAUUAACCCCCUAAUAGAAUUUUGAUAAUUAGUGUGAUUCAAUCCAUAAAAAAAAAAAUCAUCGACCGGUGGUGGUAGCAAUUGCUAUCACCGUCGUAGUCAUCGUCAGUCCAUCGAUCGGUGAUCAAAUCCUUCGAUGGAUGCGAAUUUCUUAUGCAAUAGUUCAACUCUCAAUCCUGAAAGCGAUUGGUGUCUAAAGGGAAAAGAAUUGAAUUACAUUGUUGUUUGUUUCAAACAAAGAAUUACCCAAAAAAAUGGAUUGUGGCAAGUUGAUAGUGGUAACAAUGUAUCAUUUAAGUUAUUCAUAAUUCAAUUAGCCUUAAUCAUUUGCGUUAAUCGUCUCUUAAUCUCUUUCUUUAGACUCCUUCGUCUUCCUCGAAUUGCCGCCGAAAUUCUCGGCGGCACAUUGAUAGGUUCGAGUGGAAUCGCUCGAACCCCAAUUGGAUUCAAAUUCCUUUUCCCUCAAAGUGGGGUUAUGAUUUUAGAAACUGUUGCUCAUUUAGGGUUAAUAUUUUACAUGUUUUUAGUUGGAUUAGAAAUUGAUAUUAGACCCAUUUCCAAAACCCCCAAAAAGGCCUUAAUCAUCGCCGCCGCCGGAUUUCUUCUCCCUUUUCCGGUCGGUUACGCUUUACACUACAUGUUCGUCGGAAACGCCAUGGAUUCCGGUCCAAUAGCAGCUAAAUACGGUCCAAUUUUUUGGGGAAUAGCUCUCUCCACAACAAAUUUCCCAGAUCUAGCUCAAGUACUCGAAGACAUGAAGCUCCUCCACUCCGAAAUCGGCCGAACAGCCCUUUCAGCCGCCGCCGUAACAGACGUUUUCUCAUGGAUAAUUCUCGUCGUAACUCUCUCAAUCGUGAAAGGAGUUCACGUUAACACAAUCAUAUUUGGUUCAAUCUUCUUGAUCUUCAACGUAACAACAGUCCGACCGAUCCUCCACUGGAUUCUCCGACGUAAACAAAACCAGGAAGAAGAUUACAACAUCUACUUUGUGUUGACCGGAGUAGUAUUAUUCGGUUACAUAACAGAUUCGCUAGGACUUCACUCCAUAAUUGGGGGUUUCGUGUUCGGAUUGAUUAUGCCGAAACAGAAAGAGCUGAAAACGAUUCUGAUGGAGAGAAUUGAAGAUUUCGUUUCGGGGAUAAUGAUUCCGCUGUUCUUCUUGAUCGUUGGGUUGAGAACGAAUCGUCAAGAUGUUUUCGAAGGACAAUUUGGGAUUUGGAGGAUUGUUGGGGUUGUUGUUGUUGGGUUUUGGGUUAAGAUAUUUAGUACAUUGAUUAGUGCUGUUUGGUUGAAUGAGAUGAGUUUUCGUGAUGGUUUGGCUUUGGGUUUGCUUAUGAAUACCAAAGGCAUGCUUUCAUUGAUUGUUAUUAGUGCUGCUCGCAACUUCAAGGUGCUCACCAACCAAACAUUUACAAUGAUCAUUGUGACCCUUUGGUGGAUGACUGUUGCUGUUUUUCCCAUUCUAAAUUUGACUUACAAAUCUAUUAAACAAUUUGUGAAGCGCAUGCAAAGGUCUUUGACAAGCUUACAGCCAAGCUCAGAGCUUCGAGUUUUGACAUGUUUUCACUCCUCGUACGAGGUCACUGGCAUCAUCAACCUUCUAGACGCAUCCAACCCUACUAGAGACUCUCCAAUAUCCGUAUUUGUCAUAAACCUUAUCGAGAAUAUUGGUCGAACCACCGCCAUGAACAUUGUCCAUGGCACUUGCACGGUAGUCAACAUGGGAGGAGAAGGAGGAGGAUACGACAAUGAUCAACAAGCGGCUUUUGAUGCCUUUAAGGGCUUCAACAGCGAGAAAGAAGGUCUCUUCAUACAACCAUCGACUGCAGUGUCAUCAUACGCAACCAUGCACGAGCACAUAUGCGAUUUCGCAGAGGAGAAUCGUGCCAACAUCAUAAUUUUGCCAUUUCAUUUAAAGACGAUAAAAAAUGUAGUAGGAGGAGGAACUAAUGCCAACAAUAAUUCAACAACAAAUCUCGAUUUUAGAAAUAUUAACAAAAAAGUACUAGAAAAAUCCUCAUGCUCGGUUGCUAUACUUGUGGACCGUGGCCACAGGCCUCUCACAGAUGCAAAAACUACACAACCAACUGGCCAUAACUUCAUGAUGUUAUUUUUAGGUGGACAUGAUGACCGUGAGGCCUUGGCUUAUGCGCAAAGAAUGUCUGGGAGUCAAAAUGUAGCCCUAACAGUACUGCGUUUUGUCGCUGCUAAUAAUAACAACAACAACGACGAAGACAAUAGUAUUGUCUAUAACGAAAAAGAAAAAAGAGAUAGAUUGUUAGACGAGCAAUACUUCGAAGAGUUUCGACACAAGACAUAUGGGAAUCCACUAGUGAACAUUACACAAGAGGUUGUGAGUAGUGUAGAGGAUAUUGUGAAAGCUAUUGGAACUAUGACCGAAAAAGAGUAUGAUUUGAUCAUAGUUGGAAAAGGAUCAUCAAAAAGAGGUACUAGUAAAGGAUCACUUUGGAAGAUGUUAGAGGAUCAAACAGAAAUCGAAUGGAGUGAUUAUCCUGAAUUAGGUAUUUUAGGAGAUACUUUGGUUUGCUCUACUUUUGCCCCUAAUGCAUGGAUUCUUGUAGUUCAACAAGGUAGUGGUUGUGAUAUUCGUUUGAAGGAGGAGCAAGUGAAUAAAUGUGGUAAAAUUAGCCAACAAAGUGGUCACAUGACAUGGCAACCUUCCAAGGUUGAAACACCAGAAUUAGCACUUUUUGUGUCUCGUAAUGUUUAAUUACCUAAAAUGGUUUUGUAGACUUGUAACAAAUUAAGAAAUUGUGUGUAAAGAUAGUUAUAGGUUUUGUGUACUAAUUAAUUAUAGGUUUGUGUAUUUUUUUAUAGUAAGAUAUUGAAAGUAAAGUAUAAAUUUGAUUUUUGAAUUAUUCGUUCAUAUUUAUAUAAGAUAUAGGAUGUAAUAUGCUAAAAAAUGGUUGUAUCUAUCGAUGCAUCCUUUUCUUGUUUUCGAUAUCUGAAUAGCUAUAAUUUUAUUUU